AUGCUGGAGGAUGAGGACGGGAUGAGCGAGAGGGGGCUCAGCAGCUCCAGGAGGAGAUACGAGGAUGAGGAAGAUUACCACUCCAUCUACAUCGGGGUGCCGGUGCCGCGGGGGUACCGCAGGAAGCGGCGCCGCCGGAGAUCUCCGGGCUCCAGCCGGGACCGGAGCGAGAGCGAGCGGCACUUCGAGCGCCAGGACCACUCGGACACCGACGACGGCGGCCACGGCUGCUACGAGAGCGGCAAUGACAACGCCAGCAGGACCAUGUCUCCGGCUGCCGAACGUCUCCGCUACAUCCUGGGGGAGGAUGAUGAGCCCCCCAAUCCCACCCUUUUCACGGAGAUGGACACCCUGCAGCACGACGGGGAGGAGAUGGAGUGGAAGGAAUCGGCCAGGUGGAUCAAGUUUGAAGAGAAGGUGGAGGAAGGUGGGGAGAGAUGGAGCAAACCCCACGUGUCCACGUUGUCCUUGCACAGCCUGUUCGAGCUGCGGACGUGUCUCCAGACGGGAACGGUGCUCCUGGACCUGGAUGGCUACUCCUUGCCCCAAAUUAUAGAUGAUGUCAUUGAGAAGCAGAUUGAGGAUGGUCUGCUCAAGCCAGAGCUGAGGGAGAAGAUAAGCUAUGUGCUUCUGAGAAAGCACCGCCACCAAACCAAGAAGCCAAUCCACCGGUCCUUGGCCGACAUCGGGAAAUCCGUCUCCUCCAACACAUCCCGCAGCCCCGUCCGGAGCCCAGCCACCGGAGCCGCCUUCCACCGCUCCACCGAGGACCUGCGGAUGCGGCAGAGCGCGAGCUACGGCCGCCUGCGUCACGCGCAGAGUCGGAGCAUGAACGACAUCUCGGACACGCCAAGCACCGACCAGCUGAAGAACAAGUUCAUCAAGAAGAUCCCCAAGGAUGCAGAGGCCUCCAAUGUUCUGGUGGGAGAAGUGGAGUUCCUGGAGAAGCCCUUUGUGGCUUUCGUGCGGCUCCUCCAGGCAACAAUGCUGGGAGGGGUGACAGAGGUGCCCGUGCCCACCAGAUUCCUCUUUAUCCUCCUCGGUCCCGCGGGAAAAGCCAAAUCCUACAACGAGAUCGGCAGAGCCAUCGCGACUCUCAUGGUGGAUGACCUCUUCAGUGACGUUGCCUACAAAGCCCGGGACAGAGAAGACCUGAUUGCUGGCAUAGAUGAGUUCCUGGAUGAAGUCAUCGUCCUGCCACCCGGAGAGUGGGACCCCAACAUCAGGAUUGAGCCACCCAAAAAAGUGCCCUCGGCUGAGAAGAGGAAAUCGGUUUUCUCCCUGAACGAGGUGGGGCAGAUGAACGGCACGGCCGGAGGGGCCGGGGCUGGGGGAGGAGGAGGAGGCAGCGAGGACGGGGAGAUGCCUGAAGUUCAUGAAAUCGGGGAAGAGCUUGCGUGGACCGGCAGGUUUUGUGGUGGCCUCUAUUUGGAUAUCAAGAGGAAGCUGCCCUGGUUCCCGAGCGACUUCUACGAAGGUUUUCAUAUCCAGUCCAUCUCUGCCAUCCUGUUCAUCUACCUGGGCUGCAUCACCAAUGCCAUCACCUUCGGGGGAGGCAACGGCAUCGACUACAUGGAAUUCCGCCUCUGGAUUGGGCUGCACUCGGCCCUACAGUGCCUUAUCCUGGUGGCCACGGAUGCCAGCUUCAUUAUAAAGUACAUCACACGCUUCACAGAGGAAGGCUUCUCCACCCUCAUCAGCUUCAUCUUCAUCUACGAUGCCAUCAAGAAGAUGAUCGGGGCCUUCAAGUACUACCCCAUCAACUCCGACUUCAAGCCCGACUACGUGACCAUGUACAAGUGCGAGUGCAUUGCUCCCGACCCAGCCAACGCGACCUUGUUCGAUGCUUCAGCUCCAGUGGCACCGAACACCACUAACGUUUCUCUGUCCAAUGCUAUUAACCUCACAGCUCUGGACUGGACUCAGCUCAGCAAGAAGGAAUGUCUCAAAUACGGCGGCAGCUUAGUGGGAAAAUCCUGCAAAUUUGUGCCAGACUUGGCCCUCAUGUCCUUCAUCCUCUUCUUCGGGACCUACUCCAUGACCUUGACCCUGAAGAAGUUCAAGUUCAGCCGUUAUUUCCCCACCAAGGUCAGGGCUUUCAUUGCUGAUUUUUCCAAUGUCUUCUCCAUCCUGAUUUUCUGUGGAGUGGAUGCCUGUUUUGGACUGGACACCCCCAAACUCCACAUUCCCAAUAUCAUCAAGCCCACCCGUGUGGACCGAGGGUGGUUCGUGUUCCCCUUUGGGAAGAACCCCUGGUGGGUUUACCUGGCCAGUGCCCUCCCUGCCCUCCUGGUCACCAUCCUCAUCUUCAUGGACCAGCAGAUCACGGCCGUCAUCGUCAACAGGAAGGAGCACAAGCUGCGGAAAGCAGCGGGUUACCACCUGGACCUGUUCUGGGUGGGCAUCCUGAUGGCCGUGUGCUCCUUCAUGGGGCUGCCCUGGUACGUGGCCGCCACCGUGAUCUCCAUCGCCCACAUCGACAGCCUGAAGAUGGAGACGGAGACCAGCGCGCCCGGGGAGCAGCCGCAGUUCCUGGGGGUCAGGGAGCAGAGGGUGACCGGGAUCAUCGUCUUCGUGCUCACGGGGAUUUCGGUCUUCCUGGCCCCCAUCCUGAAGUACAUUCCCAUGCCAGUGCUCUACGGUGUCUUCCUGUACAUGGGGGUGGCAUCACUGAACGGCAUCCAGUUUUGGGAUCGGUGCAAGCUCUUCCUCAUGCCGGCCAAGCACCAGCCCGACUACGUGUUCCUGCGGCACGUCCCCCUGCGGCGCAUCCACCUCUUCACCCUGGUGCAGAUCAUCUGCCUGGCCGUGCUCUGGAUCCUCAAAUCCACCGUGGCCGCCAUCAUCUUCCCCGUCAUGAUUUUAGCCCUGAUCCUGGUCAGGAGGUUGCUGGAUUUUGUCUUCUCCCAACACGACCUGGCCUGGAUCGACAACAUCAUCCCUGAGAAGGAGAAGAAGAAAGAGGAUGACAAGAAGAAGAAGAAAAAAGGCAAUAAAGGAGACAGCAGCAGUGACGAGGAGUUCCCACCUCCCUCAUUCAUUAAGAUCCCCAUGGAGCCCCUCCCAGCACAGCCCCGAAAUGGGGGCCCCCAUUGCCUCAGCCGAAAGAGGGCCUCCACCUGGAGCUUUGCGUUCUGAUUCCUCCCCGAAUGGUUCAGACAUGGAUCGCAGGUA